AUGAGACGUUCCAAGAGUGACCCUGCGAAAUAUGCUCGAAACUACAGAAAGAUUUCGCAGCGGCGAAUGACUCAGUAUGAUCACAUUGAUGAGGAAUCCGAAAUGACAAGGCUGAGGUCAAUCCUUCGAAAUUCUGAAAAGACAACGGAUUUGGUCGAACAAGCGGAAGAAGAGACUUCCUCUUCGCAAGGCAAACGCAAGCGAAAAUCCAACAAGCUGACCAAAGCUGACGAACCAGAAGAUAUGCAAUCGUCGAUAUUGUCCAAUGAUCUUUUGCUGGAAUCUGGAGACUAUGGGGCCGAAAAUCCACUAGUUGUUCUGCCAAAGAAGAAAAAGAAGAAAAAAGAGUCGAAAAAGAUUAUUCAACUGACACCAGAAGAAAUUCGGGAAGCCAAGAUUCUUCAAAAGAAGACUGCAAGAAAGCUACAACAACUGGAAACUAGAGCUGCCCAAAAGAUAAAACGAGCUGAGUUGUAUAAAACGUUGCAAGAGCAUCAAUUGUCGAAAGAAAAGCUUGAUAUGUUGUCGUCAUCUGGUACUGUCUCUCGAAAGAAUGUCAGCACCAAGAAGCAGACUUUACAGCAUCUAAUAAAGAGGGAACGUGCUGGGCUUGUUCUAAACGAAAAAGAAAAAUCGAUUCUUUACAAGACCAAAGAUGUGGACGAAGAUGACAUGGAAAUGGAUUCCAACACACUAGAGCAAGCGGCAGCAGCUACCACGACCACCAAACCGAGAAAUAAAAAAUCCAAGACGCAAGAGCGCAAAUUCAGAGGAUUGGAUGGAGUACCUGCUGCCAAUGAGCUGGAACCAGAAAAUGACAAGAUUGACGAUCCAGUUGAUGAAGUCAUUUCAACUGAAGAAGCAGUUGAUGAUCCAAAUAAAGAAUCAAAAGAAGGAUCGAAAGAUGUCACAAAGGAGGAAGAAGAUAAGGCUGCAAAGGAAGCAGAUGCUCCAUCUAUUGGGUUUAAUUUUGCAGCACAAAUGAUGGCAUCAUUGUCGAAGCUAAAGGCAGAAAACGACAACAACCCAGCAGAGGAAGCAGAGCCAAAUGAUCUUGACACACUUGCAAAUUCUGCCGAACCUUCAAAGAGAUAUGUCGUAUCAGAACCAACAGUGCUCAAAACAGCUGCGGCAAUGAGAAUCAAGGGAUCAAGCAUGGAAUCCAAACGUCGGGUAGUACAAAUCAAGAGACCAAGCUCGGUGGAGAAAGCUCGAUACGACUUGCCAGUUUCUACUAUGGAGUAUGAGAUCAUGGAUUCCAUUCGAAAUAAUGAUGUCACUAUCGUUUGUGGAGAGACAGGUAGUGGAAAGAGUACACAAGUCCCUCAAUUUCUGUACGAAGGCGGACUAUGCUUGAAUCCGAAUGAUCCAGAUUCACAAUAUUUGAUUGGCGUCACACAGCCACGAAGAGUAGCUGCUGUUUCUACUGCAAAACGUGUCUGCUAUGAAGUAGGAAAAGGAGACGGGCAAACGAUCAAGAACCAAGGCAAACGUGGAAAUUUGGUCAGCUACAAGACGAGAUACGAGAGCGCUGGCGCUGGUUCAGACACUGCUAUCCAGUUUAUGACCGAUGGUAUUCUCCUUCAAGAGAUUCAAGAGGACUUGUUGCUGCGCAAAUACUCUGUCAUCGUGCUUGAUGAGGCCCAUGAACGCAAUUUGAACACUGAUGUUCUCAUUGGUCUUCUGUCCAAGACAAUCCCUCUUCGACGACAGGCAGCAGAAGAGAGUUCCGACCUAGUUCCACUCAAGCUUGUAUUAAUGAGUGCCACUCUUAGAGUGGAAGACUUCACAAAAAACGUGAGCCUCUUUCCGAGCUGUAAACCAUUCGUUGUGAAGGUGCCAGGAAGAACAUUCCCCGUGUCGAUUCACCACAGCAAAGUGACGGAGAUUGACGAUUAUCAAAACGCUGCGUUCAAGAAAAUUUGUAAGAUCCAUCGUAAGCUUCCACAGGGAGGAAUCCUUGUGUUUCUGACCGGAAAACACGAGAUUCUUCGCAUGGUGAAGCGUCUCAGGAAGGUACUUGGGUCUUCUACUGACAUCCAGGGGAAGACAAAUAGCAAUCGUGCCGAAGUUGACAAAUCAAUACUAAAGAGUAACAAUGAGGGCAUUCCGCGAGAACUUGAUGACGAAGAUUUUGACGCAGACGAGGGUGCAGCGGAUGAUUAUGAUGAAUAUGCAAAUGAUGAAGAGGAUGUUGUUGCUCCUGUGGAAAGCGACGAUGAUAAUAUCCCGAAGAAUGCCUAUGUCUUGCCUCUGUAUUCUCUUCUUUCACCAGAAGAACAAGCUAAGAUAUUCGCACCAGUACCGGAAAACAACAGGCUGAUCGUGAUUUCGACAAACAUUGCGGAAACGAGUAUUACUAUUCCUGGCAUCUCGUACGUAGUCGACACGGGACGACAAAAAUGCAGAAACUAUAGUUCUGGUACUGGCAUUGCUUCCUAUGAAGUUAUGUGGAUUAGCAAAGCAGCUGCCGAUCAGCGAGCGGGUCGUGCUGGACGUACUGGACCAGGACAUUGCUAUCGUUUGUAUUCAAGCAGCCUUUAUUCACGCCACAUGGACUCGUUUGCAUUGCCCGAAAUCUUGACUCGGCCACUUGAGGAUGUUAUUCUUGCGAUGAAAGCUCUGAAUGUAUCACACGUCUCCAAUUUCCCAUUCCCCACACCACCAGAUCGGUCACAAGUCAAUGGUGCAUUGAAACUUUUAUCAGGUUUGGGGUGCGUGGAUAUGUCGGAUGUUGAAACAGUAGGUGGUGAUGGCAAUGUGACAAAACUUGGUCAAGCGGUAGCAAAACUUCCGCUUGGUGUUCGAUAUGCAAAAAUGCUGCUCGUCGCAGCACACGCUGGCGUUUUGGACUAUGCGAUCGUCGUUGUUUCGAUUCUCUCGGAAUCAAGUCCGUUUUACCAUGCUUCUCAAGAGGAAGACAAGGAUGAAGACGGCGAAGAGGAUGGGGAUGACGAUUCUUUAGAUGAUGUUGAUAGACAUCAUGAAGAAAAGCAGGCCCUUUCAAAGAAGAGAGAAAAAUUGCGUCGCUGGAAUCACAAGCAUGGUGACAUCAUGGCAGCAAUGCUUGCAGUUGGAGCAUUCACAUAUGCUGGUCGUGAUGCAGGGGGGCAGUCAGAGAAACUUGCCUGCAAGAGAUUUUGCGAAGAAAAUGGAUUGGACUAUGUGAUCAUGACUCGAAUUCAGAAGAUGCGGGCCCAUUUGGCAAGUCUUGCAAAGAAUCGAUUGAGCGCUGCUGGUGGUGUAGCGGCAAGAACUGGCGGUUUCGUAUCCAAGAUGAAGCCGCCGAGCAAGAACGAAGAACUGUUUUUGGUGCAAUCCAUCGUCUCUGGUCUGCUUGAUAAUGUUGCGUUGCUGGCACCUCCAGGAUCAAUGUCUGGAGAGCAUAAAUUUGGAUUGAGAUCUGCCUAUCUGUCGUCUUCUGCAGCCAUCAAGCAACCAAUGUUCAUCGAUCGGAACAGCACGGUAUACUCUCGAGACUACCGACAGUUGCCUCAGUUCGUCUGCUACGACUCCCUCAUUAGCAAGACUAAUAAGGAUGGCACUCCAGUAGUGCUGAUGAAGAAUGUCACGCCUCUUGAUUCGAAUUGGUUGGGCGAUCUUGCGAAAGGGAGCAAUCUUCUUUCUCUAGGCGAACCACUUUCAUCGCCACCGCCUACCUAUGAUGCUGGCAAGGAUGCUAUUAUUUGUUCUGUUGUGACCAAAUUUGGUUCUCGCGGUUGGGAGAUUCCACCGGCCAAGAGAGUCAUGUCGGAGGUCUUGAGUCGAACGGAAGUCAGACGAGGAGCAGAUUUCCUUGCCGAUGAUAGCUUCCGUUGGUUUGCAAAGUUUUUGCUAGAAGGAAAAGUGAUUCCACAGCUGGAGCCUCUGAAGGAUCUCUUCAGCGAUAAUCCGGUUGUAAUCACCCAAAGGAGACCAAUGGUCAAAGUGACUAUGCUAGUCAAAGCUCUGACUGAAGCACGAGUGGAUAGUGCAUUCGCCCUGAAGCAGCAUUGGGCGGAAAAGGACGAUAAGUUUCUUUUCAAGGCCUUAAAGCAUUGGGUAAAGAAAGAGCACCAUUCCACUGCAAAGUCGAUUUGGAUCAAGACAGUGAAGACAAGUAUCAAAUCUUGGAAGUCAGAAUCAUAA